CUGACAUUUGUUUUGAUCUGAUUAUUGAUAUAUAUAUAUAUAUAUAUAUAUAUAUAUAUAUAUUUGCAAUUGUGUUAUUAUCCUAAUUUGUGAAGCGCAUGCAGGCGCGUGGUAGGGGUCGGGGUAGGGGUAGGUGGUCGAAUUGUGGGAGAUAUUGGAUGGAGACCCCUCCUCCUCCCCCACCRGCGCAACCACCAGCUGCUCCGUUCUCAGGGAGCAUCCCCUAUCAAACUCYGGUUAACCCUUUCUUCCCACCCUUUGGUUCGAAUCYGCUUGGUUAUAAYCCGAUACCRCCGAACUUCRUUGGGGCUCAGCCGCAGGCGCCUUGGCCAUUCGCUGGAGUAUCCUCUGCUCCUGCGCAAUCGGGGGGGCAGUAUAGCCAGGGAUAUGGACGUGGGAAUGGAGGUUACCAGAAUCGUGCCUUCUUCACGCGGGAGCACGCUGAUUUCAUUGAGAAAUUGAAAUUGAAGGAUGAUGUGGACGAAGCACGAAAAAAAGAUCUUGAGGAAAUAGCGAGACUGAAGGAGCUUGGGAUGGAGUGGGGAAAGAAAAAAGAAGUGGAGAAAGAUAAAGAGUUGAAAGAAAAGAAGAGGAAGCAAGGGAAGGAUAAGGGAAAAGGGAAGAUCGUCGAUGAUGGGAAGGAGGAUGUGAUGAAGAAAUGGGUUGCGACUAACUUUGGGGGGUCUCUGAAGAUACUCGCAGAGAAGCUCGAGGAAGUGGAUAAAAAAUCAAAGUUAAAGGAUGAUGAAUUGGAGGAGCUAAAGAUGCUGCGGGCAGAAAAAGAACUCAGGGAGUUGAGGGAAAGCUCCAGCUCGGAAAAAAGGAAGAGGGAGAUGGCUUCGCCGUCUCGCCCAGUGAAAGGUAAGGUUAGAUCCAGAUCAGCGCUCCUAAGAAGGCGAGGAAAAGAGAAGACCCAGAAGCCUGUGGAGGUGCUAUCGGAUGAGGAGGGGAGGGAGAUUGAAAAAGAUGGGGUGGUGCAAAAUUUGAGCGGGAAAAUGGAAAGUUUCUCUGGUGGGGCGAAGGACUUGGUGGAAUUGAAGGGACUGCUUAAAGACCUGCUAGCGGGGGGAACACAUGCUACCGGCAGCAGCAAUAUAGCUGUUGGGCAAGACAGAAAGCAAGGGGAAGAUGGAUUUGGGCGCGGGGAACAGGAAGGUGAUGCUGGCGAACCCCAAAAGAUGACGAUGGUGACCGAGAAGAACGAAGAAGGGGAGAAAGAAGAGGGGUCACUGGGACUAUAUUUCAAGGACAGGGUAAUCUAUUAUGAUGCGUUGCACUACACGGAAAUCCAGGCGCUGUGCAAAAAGAAGGGUAUCYCGUACAAACGGAAAGAAGGAGGAGUAUGRGAGCUCGCCAGGUUGGAUUUCGAGKUACUGCARAAACUGGAGGRGAAAGAGAAAAAGGCCGACGAGGAUGAGGAGGAAGUAAAGAAGAGUGAUGAGGAAGAAGGGGAAGAAACAUCUAGUAGUUCGGACUCCGAUGAGGAAUCACGAGGAGAUGAUCUGGCGGGAAACUAGAUCUGACUAGUAAGAGAACGCUAUUGAGGGUAUGCAGGAGACUGAUUGAGCUUGGAAAGAAGUAUCAGAAGAUCAAUGGGAGGGAGACGAGUGAUGUACUAAAGCUGAUUGUACUUGCACUGUGUCUCAGAGGAGACAUCAGAUGGGGUAGAGCCUACGUUAAGUAUUGGACGAGCCUCAGUACCACUGACUGGGACAGGCUGCUAAAUGGCAAUUGUUGUGUGUAACUUUUAAUCUCUCCUUUUUUCAAAAACACCUAUGUUGGAAAAACGGAGAGGGAUUUGAAGACCCGAUGGCACGAACAUGUGAGGACCACCGAAUCCGAACCAAAACAAAAAGUGCACAGCUGG